CCCUUCCCCGCUGCCCAAGGGGACCACAACCGAAAUGAACCUCAACUUCACCUCGCCAGUGCACCCCGUCUCCGCGCCCAGGCCCACAUCCUUCUUCAUCGAGGACAUCCUGCUGCACAAGCCCAAGCCCUUGCGGGAGGUGCCCCCCGAGCACUUCCCCGGCUCCUUGGCCUCCCGCGUCCCCCUCUUGGACUAUGGGUAUCCCCUGAUGCCAACCCCGACCCUCCUGGCGCCUCACCCGCACCCUGCCCUGCACAAGCCGGAGCAUCACCAUCACCCUUAUUUCCUCACCACCUCGGGAAUGCCGGUGCCAGCGCUCUUCCAGCCCCACGCUCACGCCGAGCUGCCCGGGAAGCAUUGCCGCCGCCGCAAAGCCCGCACCGUUUUCUCCGACUCGCAGCUCUCCGGCUUGGAGAAGAGGUUUGAGAUCCAGCGGUACCUCUCCACGCCCGAGCGGGUGGAGCUGGCCACGGCGCUCAGCCUCUCUGAGACGCAGGUGAAAACCUGGUUCCAGAACCGGCGGAUGAAGCACAAAAAGCAGCUGCGGAAAACCCAGGAGGAUCCCAAGCACCCGGGAAGCGAGGAGAACCGGGAGCAGAGCUCCCCCGAGCCCGAGCUGUCCGAGGUGGCCGGCACCGAGCCCCGCAAGGGCCCCCCUGGCCCCUUCCUGCUCCAGGACCCCGAGGACGAGGUGGACAUCCUGGAGGAGGGGGACCUCUGCGCUGGUCCCCAUCGCCUCUAG